CCCCUGAAAUGGAUCCAGACCCGGUCACCGCCUUCUGACUUUUGAGAGGGGGAAGGGGAAGGAACAGGGAAUGGGAAGAGAAGACGAGGAAAGCUGAGCCUGCAGAACAUGAUCGGGUUCCUGGUCUCAAGCAGGCUGCCGAAGAUCUCACUGAUAGCCAACCACCCCGACAUUAACUGAAACUCAUUUCUCACACUCUGAUCAGCCAUGGCGGCCCUCUUAUAUCACAUGUUCUCGUCUUCUGCAUUGGUCUCACUUGGUCUCUACAACCUCAUCGCCUCCACUCGCUGCUAUCUCAAAUCCCCUCAUUCCUACUCCGCCAAACCCUUUCACCCUUUCCCUCCUUCCUCCUCCAAUACUCAGAACCACCGCCUCCGUCACCUCCCUCUCUAUCUCAUCUCCGUCUGCCUUCUCCUCGCCUUCGUCCAUCAGCUCAUCAUUUCCUCCGAUUCCGACCCUCUCCUCAAAGGCCACACACCAGUUCAUCGUUUCACCUCCCUCCAAUCCGCCGCCGUCCUCUUCCUCUUCCUUAUCCUCUCCCUCUCCCUCUUUCUUUCCGAUUCCUCCACCCUUCUUCCCCUCCCCAUUGAUCUCAUCUUUGCCCUAGCUUCUGCCCUUUUCUUCUUGCAAUACUCCGUCUCCUCCGCCUCCGCUUCCGUCCAGACCUCCGAUCUGGAGGCGAAAUGUGACUCCGUUUCUGCCCGCAUCUCAGCUACCGCUGCCCUUUUGUGCUUAGUUAUUGCUUGUAAGCCCAGGCUCUUCGUCGCGGAUGUUGGUUUGGGAGCUUCUAUAAUCUUGCAGGGGCUUUGGGCUUUGCAGACAGGAUUGUCCAUGUACGUUGACGCAUUUAUUCCUGAAGGAUGUCAUCGUUUGCUUGAUGUGGUAAAGGGGGUUGAGGGUUCGACCAAGUGUGAUGUCGAGGAAUUCAAGUUCAGAGCUGUGGCUAUCCUAGAUCUUUUGUUUUUGGUUCAUGUAAUGUUUGUGGUGGUCAUUGUCAUGAUCACUUACGCUGUCGUUGCAAAGAGCGUUGGCACCCGGAGAUCUGGCUCCUACGAAGCCUUGCCUAACAGUACUUCCCCUUCAGAAAGUAAUCAUAGUCAAAUACAGAUGAAAUCAUUGACCGGCACGCAGGCUUGAAUCAUUCCUCUCCUUUAUCCUUUUCACUGUUCAGCACUUAUUUCUGAUAUAAUUCCUUUUUCUUUUUCUUGGGCUGUAUUAGUAUGAUCGUUGUGUUAGGUAAUGAUAUCUGAGCAGUGCUACAUUGUAUUUCGCUUGAGAAUUUUGUAAUCCGAUCGAAACAUAGGGACUUCUUGUACACAACCAACGGCCUAUUUAUUGAGUUCAAGUAGUAAUUAGCUUCCCUUCUCCA